GGUCCCGGCAGCUGUCAAUUUAAACGCAACCCGAGAUUUUUUUCGUCGUUGCGUUUUAGGCCUGCCAGCUGUACGACCAAGAGACCGGCCCGUUGACUUGCCGGCCGAAGCCUAGCUCGCGUCUUAACUCGAGAAUUUUUGAACGGCCGUGUUACGACCGGCGACCUUCGGAUCAGCAUUCAACGACAUCAUACACCACCGCCGCCCGGUCCAACGAUCCCACGACAUCCGCAAACCACACCCCCCAAGAGCUUGAGACAGCAUCAGGGAGGAUCAUCAGAGGCAAAUAAAUUGACAACAUCUGCGGUUGUGGUGCAGGGCAUCGCGUCCUGGUGCCAGCAGGUUCUCAAGCUUGUCCCCGUUCCAUUCAGAGCCUCGACUUGCCCCAACGUACAAGAUGGCGGCAGCCAUGGCCACACAGCAACUGAGGCUGCAACUGCCUCGGCUGUCGUUCCUAUCCUCUAACAGCUUUGCGACCACAUAUAUCCGGCAACUAUCAUUGCCACUGUUUCCGUCCGUAAAAUUCGCCCUCCCAGCCAUCAGCCUCGGCCUUCCAUCCAUACCGUCAAUCCCAGCACUCCUUGGAGAAAUAUGGGAAGGAAUCUUGAGGGCAGUGCCGAAAAAGAAGACAUCUCACAUGAAGAAGAGGCAUCGACAAAUGGCCGGCAAGGCCUUGAAGGACCAAACCGCCAUCUGCAAAUGCCCUGCAUGCGGCGGUCUGAAGAGGAUGCACUACUUGUGUCCCUUCUGCACUGAGAAGAUUAAGAAGGCGCUGAAGGAUUCAGUGGAGGACCACGCCGAGCCGAGGUAGUUUUUUUUCGAGUUGAUAUCUUGCGCUUAUUUCACUCGUCAAAACCUCAAGCGACGCUCCCCGUAAAUUGCUAUUCAACUGUCACGAAUCAGCUCGGCGAGUGUCGGAAUCUACCUGUGGUGUGCGCGCUGCAAGACUGUAUGAUAUUGUACCAACCUGCUGUACAUCUAUGGGUCGCGGGAGGGCUAGACUUUGGUUGUUUUCAAAAAUAAAACGACAAAUAUUCGAGUAGACAAAUGUUCCUUUGAUAAAUCGACUUGUCCCUGAGAUUUCCCCCAUAGCUUCACGUUGAAUCUAUCUAGUGGCCGCUAGUGCCACCCAUAUUGCUCAG